GGCGUGACAAGGGCAAAUCUAUGAUAGCCUUACAUUUUUGUCACAGUCGUCGGGUACCGUACAAUUUAGUAAUAUGUUGGGGCCCAGAAUAUUUUUCCGAAUGCGUACCUCCAGAUAUUAUUCAGUUGGCUUGAGAGCCAAAUAUCACAGAAUUCUGGAUAGGAUCGAAUUUAUGUUACCACCGAAAUUACGGCCAUUCUACAAUCAUCCAGCAGGACCCAAAACGGUUUUCUUCUGGGCUCCCAUCGUCAAAUGGGGUCUGGUCAUUGCUGGAUUUUCUGACAUAACCCGACCGGCAGAAAAACUGAGUGUCUCUCAGUCUUGUGUACUAACAGCUACAGGAUUCAUUUGGUCCAGAUAUUGCCUGGUGAUCAUUCCCAGGAAUUGGAAUCUGUUUGCUGUCAAUUUUUUCCUUGGAGCCUGUGGUAGUUUCCAGCUCUUUAGGAUCUGGAGGUACAAUCAGGAGCUGAAAGCGAAAGAGCAGGAAGCCCAGUCUUAAUACUGCAUGUGACAGAGUGAGAAACAGACAGAGAUUAAUAAGUCUGUAAGGCAGACAUGAUUCACCUAAACUGUUGUUAUACUUGUAACAUGUGUUUUUUAAAAAUAUGAAUUGCACUUCAGCUACACUUUCAAAGCAUAAAUCUGUAUCUUUUUGUAGAAUGUUUAACCCAUUUUCAUAAUGAGUAAACAUGUCCUGUAAAGGUAA